UGCGCGCGCUGGCUUCACAACAUACACACAACAAUAAUUUGAUUGGGGUCGAUGUGCGUGCGGUAGGCGGAACCCGGGCACUCUUCACAUCCCACUUUUGAGAAGAUUACGAGGACAAUUUAGUGGGAAAACAGAUGACAUUAACGCCGUGUGGAGGGAAGGCGGACGGACGUAGUGGGACAGAGGCAGGACGACACGCCACGGGUCGAGGCAGAGCCGAGCUGCGAGCGGAGACAAGAUCUGUGUGGAGAUAUUUGGAGUUGGAGGAGGACACUUCUUCUCUGAUUCCUGGAAGAAAUUAAAAACUUCAUCCUUGGAGCACUCAUUCUGCCUCAAAUAUUUACACAUUUCAGCAGGCUGAUUAUUAUACACACACCAAGGCACCAGAGCAGAUAUGAGUGAGGAUAAACCAGCCGAUACCGCGGAAACUGCCCCCGCAGAGGUGAACGCUAUUCCUAAUGGGAAAGGCCAUGAGCCCGGGGAGGAGAUCACAGCAUCGGCCAAAACCCCACCUGCAGAGGCCGGUGAAAAGGAAACUGUACCCAAUAGUGCCCAGAAUGCUAGUCCGCACAGAACAGAGAAUGCAGAGGCCAACCUCCCGGAGAGCCAGGAGUUCUUAUCAGGCGUGGACGACAAGAAGACCACUCGCUUCACAGAUUUUGAGGGGAAGACCUCGUUUGGGAUGUCUGUCUUUAACCUGGGCAACGCCAUCAUGGGAAGUGGAAUCCUGGGACUGGCGUACGCCAUGGCCAACACAGGAGUCAUCCUGUUUUUGGUUCUUCUAACAGUGGUGGCCGUCCUCUCGUCAUAUUCCAUCCAUUUGCUGCUAAAGUCGUCUGGUAUUGUAGGUAUUCGUGCAUAUGAGCAACUCGGCUACAGGGCCUUUGGGACCCCGGGGAAGAUGGCGGCAGGUAUUGCCAUCACGCUGCAGAACAUUGGAGCCAUGUCCAGUUACCUGUACAUCGUCAAGUAUGAGUUUCCUUUGGUCAUCCAGGCCUUUCUGAAGGUGGAUAAACCUGCAGGUGAAUGGUACCUGAACGGGAACUACCUUGUGAUCAUUGUGUCUAUAGCAGUAAUAUUACCGCUGGCUCUCAUGAAACAGCUAGGAUACCUGGGAUACACCAGUGGUUUCUCCCUGAGCUGCAUGGUUUUCUUCCUCGUUUCGGUCAUCUACAAGAAGUUCAAUACCCCUUGUCCAUUUGUGGACUUUGCAUUGAAUGGCACUGCCACUGGGCUGAAUGUCAGUGCCACAGACCCCGGCGGGGAGCCCGAUCCUGCCUGUAUUCCCAAAAUGGCCAACCUCAACUCACAAACGGCCUACACCAUCCCCAUCCUGGCGUUCGCCUUUGUGUGCCACCCCGAGGUCCUGCCCAUCUACACAGAGCUGCGCAAUCCCACCAAGAAAAAGAUGCAGCAUGUGGCCAACAUCUCCAUUGCAGUCAUGUACUGCAUGUACUUCCUGGCUGCCCUUUUUGGAUACCUAACUUUCUAUGGUGAAGUGGAAGCCGAGCUGCUUCACACCUACAGCCGCAUUGACCCGUAUGACUCUUUGAUUUUGUGCGUGCGCGUGGCUGUGCUCACUGCUGUCACACUUACUGUGCCCAUCGUGCUCUUUCCUGUACGGAGAGCGAUCCAGCAGAUGAUGUUUCCCAACAAGACCUUCAACUGGCCCCGUCACAUCGCCAUUGCCUUCCUUCUGCUCACCUCCAUCAACCUUCUGGUCAUCUUUGCUCCCAACAUCCUGGGCAUCUUUGGGGUCAUUGGUGCCACAUCUGCCCCUUGUCUCAUCUUCAUAUUCCCAGCUGUCUUUUACAUUCGUAUUGUACCCAAAGAAGAGGAGCCAAUGCGCUCAUUCCCCAAAAUCCUGGCCGCCUGUUUUGCUGGAAUAGGCUUCCUGUUUAUGACAAUGAGCCUCAGCUUUAUCAUCAUCGAUUGGACAACAGGCACCAGCAAAGCCAGCAGUGGUCACUAGGCACCAACCUCCAUUGUUUGUUCAGGUUUUAUAUUGUUGAUUUAGAUCUGUGUUGUAAUGUUACAGUUUUUACUUUGAAUGAUGUUUGAUGUCGAAGAUGCCCUGUCUUUUUUCCAUUAGAGGUUAUUGGCCACAGAGAAAGACUAGAGUUCAGGAUGGCUCUCAAUAUCUCUCCAAACACUUACUCUAAUGACGUUACACUGCACUGAACAUCCUGCCAAACAGUGACUGCAGAUCCAGGCCACUAGACUUUAGUGGAAAGUUGAUAGCUGAAUUUACAAAAUAGGCCAGGUGCAUAAAGAUUAUUGUUGCCAUGUGGAGGCUGUGCCUUGUGAGAUGGAUGUAAAGAUAAGAAACAAUAUAGAGCGCUGCUGUCUUUAUACGCCUUUCCCUGUAUUGGUUGUGAGCAUCUGCCCCAUUCCUGUCUUGUCCCUCAAAUAAUAUGUGAUCUGCAAACUGCUCCUCAGAUUAUAACCCAUAAUCUAAGACACAUUCCUUUUAACCAUUGAAUGAGAAAAAUCUAUGGAAUGAUAAACAAUUAUUUUAUGAUUUUUAUGCCUAUUAUUAUUAUUAUUGUUAUUAUUCUAAGUUAUUUGAAUAAUUACAUAUUUGCCACUCCUCUGCAGCUACAGAGGAAAGUGAUAGUAAAAGCUAUUGCACAAAAAGACAAAUUAGAUAUAGUCCAACAUUUUCUGGAAAUGAACUUCGGCCAUUUUCUUGCUCAGAAGAUUGAUGCCACUCUCCUAAAUUUGAAGUUGCAGCCAGCAGCUGGUUAGCUUAGUUUAGCAUAAAGACCAGAAAAUGUUGAAUUGUUUUUAAAAGUGUGCAGCCUUUAGCUUCACUCCACUAACUUGUGCUGCUGCUGGUUAUUUUAAGGUUCGGAUGUGUUAACAUUCUCACCUCCGCUAGAGCAGGGUGCAAAACCACAGUGGAGUAUGUGGAAUAAUGUUGUGAGCACAUUUAUCUUAACAUUCCUACCCAAUAUGAUCUAGAUGUAUAUUUUUUAUUAUUAAUCUCUACUUGAUAAAAACCUCAGAAGAUGCAGUAGGGACUGACGACAUGACCCUCAGUUAGGUCUUACUGAGACUCAUUAUUCUUAAUGGUCGAGCAGGGAUGAUUUUUACCUGGAUGUGUUGUUUCUGAACAUUUACUGGAAGUAAUCAGAGAUAACCAAAACAAAAAACAACAGGGUCUCCGCUAGGCUUGGGUGGUAUCAAGGUGUAAUGGUAUACUUGGAUAUGUAGAAAUCUUGAAGGUAUGAUUUUCAAUACUGUCAAAAAUACAGUUGUUCUUUUUUUCUGAUAAACUGAUAGAUGCUGCAUUGAGAUAAUGUCUUGUAGAGCACAGAAAGUGCUCUCUGGUGGAACAGACAGGGGAGCUGUGACUGCAUGUCAUGGAGAUAAUGUUACAGGGCAAGUCAAAAAGAAAAGAUGUCUCUGCCCCUGUUUGGGGGUUUAGUCACAUGUAACUUUGUCUUGAGAUGAACUGCUUCCAACGACAAAAGUGACAAAAGUGUAUUAGGGAAACGACUUUAUUCAACACAUCAUCUUCGUUGAGCACGCUGAUGUGUUGGUGUCCGCUGCAGCAACAACUGUCAUGGGGUUAUUAUUGUAAGAGCCAUGAGUAUUUAAACCCAGUAAGACUAGUUGAAGUAGGAUACAGGCAUGGUGAAGACCGCAACACAAGUUAUAUUCAUAAAGCCUUCACUUUCUGUGGAACAGCCUCGUCUUUAUUAGAAAAAUACACAAUUAAAAACCAAAGAGCAUGGAGUCAGUAAGUAGAAAACACUGAAUUUGUCAAAAAGAUGCCAAUAAAGUAUGUAUGAUUUUCUCUAAAUCUAUCAGAAUAUACAAAUUGAGUUCACUAUUUGGGUUAUUUGCACAGUUUAUCAGCUGCUCUCGGCUAUAUUAUUGUUAUGCAUUUAAUAUUAUAUGAUAUAUCCAUAUAAUGUGUCACUUUGUCAGGGGUCGUCAGUUUACUCAAUGAUAGAAAAGAGGUCCUUUAAGGAAAAAAGGAACCACUGGGCUAGACAAUGCUAUACAUGCCACAAUGUCAUCUAUCACCAGUAGCUCAGCUUUUAUAUUUUUUAUUUUCUUUAAUUCUUUUUUAAUUUUAUUUUUUUUUACACAAAUUCUAUGCUGGCAUGAAAAAAAUGAUACUACCCAAGCCUAGUCACUUCAUAAAGUGGUUAGUAACAGUUUGGUGUCUGUAAAUAUUUGUGUCCAGCACAAGCUUGAUCCCUAACAGAAAUGACACACAUGGGAUUACUGUCUCUUUAACAAUCUUGAAACGUCGGUGGUUAGCAAUAGCACUUUCCGUUGAUAAGCACAACUUCUUGUAGCCAUUAAUAGGUUCAAACACAAGCAAAUGAUUUGUGAUGAAUUCACAUAUCUGAUAGAUGUGAUUUAAGGGCAUGUCCCUUUUGUAUAACUAAAUCUAUGGUGAAGUAAUCAGUUUAAUGUAGAUUACAAGCGAAUUAGCAAUGUGUAUCGAUGGUAUAAUAUGGAUGUCUUCUCAAACAUUACUUGAAAUAACGUUAAGGUUAGCUUUCCUGUGAGCCCCUGCGGUCAUUAGUUUCCUCCUCUGGUCUGUUUUGUAGGUAAAACGACUAAUUAUUGGAUGUACUGUUGGAGGUUUUUAAGUGUGCGUAUCGUUUAAAAAAGAAAUCAUGGCUCCAAUGUAUUUGAACUAUAUAUGCAUCAGUGUUGUUAAACCUGGACCUAUACUCUGAUCAGAAGUAUAAUUCAAGUGUUCGUCUCCUGCCAUUGAUAGAUUAACUCUUGUUUUAAAUGUCAUGUUUAAUGUUCAUUGAAUCUGACUCUGUGAUGAAAUGCAAAACCUGUUAAUGAUUGAUUUUAUGUUUUUUUCUUCGCUUAUAUUUGUCUUUUAUUGUCAGUGGCAUAUCAUCAGUGGUAUACUUUGGGUCGUUUCUGACUUCCUUGCUGCUUCUCGGCAGACAUAACCCACUAACUAUGUGAGUUGUUACUAAGCUGGUGUACUUGCCUACAUUUCACUUUUUUAUGAUAAACUCUGUUACACCAGACUACAGUAAGUGCAGUAUGGGUGAGUAUUGUCCAGUCAAUUUGUUACACAACAAACCUCUUAAAUCCCUUGUUUUGACAUUGUAUCUAGAUAUUUGGUUGUCUUUAUGUACCUGUACGCAGAGGGAAUCAUGUGAAUCAGCCACCGGGGCAUAACAUAGUGUUUGGUGUUGUUAAACCAAUGCAAGGGUUAUACUUAUUUCCCCAACUGUUCCUUGUUUGACCUUAGUGAGAUUUUCAAUGGUGCACAAACAUAAAACACUUCAAAACCUCACAACAUGGAAAAAAUAGAAACCCGCGGCAGUAAAGUGAGGGGAAACACUGUGUGAGUGGCUGAUACAAGAUGAUCUCUGGUGACCUCUAAUUAAAUCUCAGUGUUGUUAGUCUCCCUCUUUGUGUGAUUUAUUGAAAAAGUGUAUGAUUGAAUAGUAACAUAUUAAAUAUUGACACCGGCCAGCAUUUAUAAAUAAUGUAUAUAAAUGUAUACCCUUUAUAUUCUAUAUGCAUAUCUAGUUUGUACAAUGUAAAUAGCAAUUAAAGUUUUAGUCUGAUUAAAAAAUAUAAAUGUAAUCAUUUUCAAAGUGCUUUUAAACCUUUUUGUCCUUCAAUUCAUGUCGAUUUUCUUGUAUCUCUAUAUAUUUUAAUAU